AUUGUUUAUCAACCCGCGACCACAGAAGCUGUUGGUUGGACUGUUCUCCUCUACUUUCCCUCUGAUCCGGUUGGCUGGAACGCCGCAAUAGGAAGGUCCAAGGAAUAUUUCAUCUUGAUCAUGGCAGCCCACGCCAUGGCAUCAUUCGUCAUCUUGCCCCAGACUGGAAGCUGGCUUGUAGCUGCGUCUUGCAGCAUCACAAGAGUCCGGUCCGUCCACUCAGAUUAACUCACCAACGGUGACAAGGACCAAGUCUGGGAUGGUUGAUUUCGACAACAUCACCUCUCGCGGCAACUGGCAUGCAAUGCUGCAGCUCUGUUGGGAGGCUUCCGGGCGAUAUAUCAUGACUGGCCUCUCCCACCGCCCUGGACUUGGGUCUUGUUCCGCACUCGCUCUGUCAUGAUGCUGGUCAAAUAUCACUUCACGGUCGGGUUCGCUCUCUCGUUCUCGUCGUUGGCAUCCGCCUGCCUUCGCGAGUUCAACUCGGAGCAUGUCCACACCCAUCGCAAACCCAUACUGCGAAGACAAGCGGUGUGGCCACCUGUCUUGACUGAGCAAGAGACGAUCUUGUCCAACUCUUUUGAUGCCAACAGCAUCGAUGACUGGGCGAAAUAUUACGGCAAUCAAGUCAAGUUGGCUGGUUUGGGGCGUGAGGCCGCCGAGUGGACCAGAGACCGUUGGGCAGAGAACGGCUUCACGUCUGCGUUGAAAGAGUAUCAUGUGUAUCUCAGCUAUCCAGUACGCCAGUCUCUGGCCAUCGCUUACAGCAAUGGGACAAGAGCGGAAGUCCACGUCCAAGAGCCCGCCCUGGCAGAGGACCCAGUGACGGGACGGGAGGAUGCGAUCUCGAACUUCCAUGGAUACUCAGCCUCCGGUAACGCCACUGGCGAAUAUGUUUAUGUUGGACGGGGAACGCACGCCGACUUUACUCGCCUCGUGGAACUGGGGGUUGAGCUGGAGGGCAAGAUCGCAUUAAUCAGAUACGGCUCCAUCUUUCGGGGUUUGAAGGUCAAGAAUGCGCAGGACCACGGCAUGAUCGGUGCCAUCAUUUUCACCGAUCCUGGUGAUGACGGAAACGUCACCGUUGCCAACGGCUAUGAAGCGUACCCCCAUGGACCCGCCAGACACCCUGACGCUGUACAGAAAGGGUCAGUUCUCUUUCUCUCCACCUAUCCUGGCGACCCAACCACUCCGGGCUAUCCCUCUGUUGAGGGAGCACCACGUGCAGACACAUCCUCCGUCACUCCCCAGAUUCCCUCUCUGCCCAUAUCCUAUGCUGCUGUCCUCCCACUGUUGCAAGCUCUCGACAGCCAUGGUUUGGAGGCAAGCCAAGUCAACCGCACCGCUUGGAAGGGUGCACUGGACGCCGAAUACCGCACUGGACCUGCACCUGGUGUGACGCUGUCCCUUGAGAAUCUCAUGGAGGGCAAAAUUACGCCAAUCUGGAAUGUGAUUGGCUAUAUCAAUGGGACGAAUCCAGAUGAGACUCUGGUAAUUGGCAACCACCGGGAUACCUGGAUGAUUGGUGGUACGGGAGACCCUAACUCGGGUUCCGCCAUACUCGCAGAGUUGGCCAGAGCAUUUGCCAAGCUUACUGCCACGGGGUGGAAGCCGCGCCGAAAUAUUGUUCUGGCGUCGUGGGAUGCGGAAGAGUACGGUCUUGUUGGGUCGACAGAGUGGGUGGAGGAGCACGUCAACUGGCUCACGGAAACUGCGGUGGCAUACCUCAACAUCGAUGUUGCCGUGAGCGGGCCGAGGCCCAGUCUGGAUGCGACGCCAGAACUUCACACUAUUGGAACAGAAAUCAUGAAGAAGGUCGUUCACCCCAAUGCGGGUGGCUUCGACAUUUCCCUCUAUGACGCCUGGCAGAGAGAAUCGAGCACGGGAUCCGGCCGUCACGUUGGCGUCCUGGGAAGCGGCAGCGACUACACUACCUUUCUGCAUAGAGGUGUAAGCGCAUUGGAUGUUGGCUCAAGUGGCGGUGCUGGAGAUCCCAUCUGGCAUUACCACAGCAACUACGACUCUUACAACUGGAUGUCCAAGUUUGGAGACCCGGGAUUCAAGGUGCAUGCUGCCAUGGGUCAGUAUCUGAGCUUGCUCGCGCUGCACAUUGCGGAUGAUGAAAUCUUGCCCUUUGAUCUCCCCAACUAUACCGAAGAGCUAAGAGGGUAUUAUGAGGAUUUGAGAGACUUGAUCGGGGAUGAGACCCUCGACACUUCCGAACUGGCCGCCGCGAUUGACGUUUUUGAGAAGAGUGCCAAGCAGGUUAAGGAGCUGGAGGCUUUGGCCAAGACAUGGAAGGAUGAAAACUUGAUCAAGGUGGUCAAUAAGAAGUAUCGAGACUUCCAGCGCGGAUUUGUAUCGCAGGGAGGAUUGCCCAAUCGCGAGUUUUACCGUCAUGUGGUGACAGCCCCUGGGCUCGACACAGGGUAUGCCGCCAUUACCUUCCCUGGCGUGUCCGAGGGAGUGCAGUACGGGAAUCUAACCGUCGCCGCUGAGUGGGUGUCCAAAACUGCCCAAGGCAUUCUGCGGGCUGCCGCCAUUCUCAAGACUUGA